AUGGAAAUAAACAAACGUCCUCCAUUUGCAACUUCGCUGUCGCCUGUAUUUCUUUUAAAGGAAUACAGGAUACAGUAUGGGGCAAAGGAGACCGACUUCGUGAUUUUUCAUCAUCACAAAAUACCAUCAUUUCCUAAAACACGUAGUGAUGAACCGAUGGCAACAAAAGAUGGAGCAAAGCAGGAUUGUAAUAUCUGUCAUAGAGCAUGUUCGUACAAAUCUGCUCUUGAGCAACACAAAACUCAUACUGAAGAAAGUGAUUUCAAAUGUGAUAUUUGUUUGAAGACAUUUAGCCAACUUUCAUCUUUUAAGGCAAUCUAAGAUCAAUGCUGGAGCGAAAAUGUUCAAGUGUGAUGUUUGUUCAAAGACAUUUAACCCAAAACAUUCCCUUUUGACUCAUUCUAAGAUCCAUUCUGGAGAGAGGGAUUUCAAGUGCGAUGUUUGUUUAAAGACAUUUAUCACAGCUCAUAAUCUGAACCAACAUUAUAAAGUUCACACUGGAGAGAGGAAUUUCAAGUGCGAUGUUUGUUUUAAGACAUUUAUCACAAUGUCUAACCUGAUUACACAUAGGAAAAUUCAUACUGGGGAGAGGAAUUUCAAAUGUCAAGUUUGUUUGAAGACAUUUUACCGAAAAUCUAAUCUUGUGACCCAUUCUAAGAUCCAUACUGGAGAGAAGACUUUCAAAUGUGAUGUAUGUUUAAAGACAUUUAUCACAGCUCAUAAUCUGAACCAACAUUAUAAAAUUCACACUGGAGAGAGGGAUUUCAAGUGCGAUAUUUGUUUAAGGACAUUUAUCACAAUCUCUAACCUGAUUACACAUAGGAAAAUUCAUACUGGGGAGAGGAAUUUCAAAUGUCAAGUUUGUUUGAAGACAUUUUACCGAAAAUCUCAUCUUGUGACCCAUUCUAAGAUCCAUACUGGAGAGAGAACUUUCAAAUGUGAUGUAUGUUUAAAGGCAUUUAUCACAGCUCAUAAUCUGAACCAACAUUAUAAAGUUCACACUGGAGAGAGGGAUUUCAAGUGUGAUGUUUGUUUAAAGACAUUUAUCACAUCCUCUGACCUGAACAAACAGUGUAAAAUUCAUACUGGAGAGAGGAAGUUCCAAUGUGAUGUAUGUUUAAAGACAUUUAUCACAGCUUAUCAUCUGAACCGACAUUAUGAAGUUCACACUGGAGAGAGGGAUUUCAAAUGUGACGUUUGUUUGAAGACAUUUACCACAGGCUCUGAAAUUAAAAGACAUUAUAAGAUCCAUACUGGAGAGAAAACUUUGAAAUGUGCUAUUUGUUUGAAGACUUUUAGCAAAAAAGAUUCCCUUGCAAAACAUUCUAAGAUCCAUACUGGUGAGAGGGAUUUCAAGUGUGAUGUUUGUUUGAAGACAUUUAUCACAUCAUCUCAUCUCAAAGAACAUUGUAAAAUUCAUACUGGAGAAAGAAUUUUCAAAUGUACUGUUUGUUUGAAGACAUUCAUCAGAGCCUUUCAGCUGACCAGACAUUUUAAAAUUCAUACUGGAGAAAGGGUUUUCAAAUGCGAUGAUUGUUUAAGGACAUUUAUCACAGGCUCUCAGCUGAAACAACAUUGUAAAAUCCAUACCGGAGAGAGAAAUUUCAAAUGUGAUGUAUGUUUGAAGACAUUUAUUAGAGCCUCUGAACUGAACAGACAUUGUAAAAUCCAUACUGGGGAGAGAAAUUUCAAAUGUGAUGUAUGUUUGAAGACAUUUAUUAGAGCCUCUGAACUGAACCGACAUUGUAAAAUCCAUACCGGGGAGAGAAAUUUCAAAUGUGAUGUUUGUUUGAAGACAUUUAUUAUAGCCUCUGAACUGAACCGACAUUGUAAAAUUCAUUCUGGGGAGAGAAAUUUCAAAUGUAAUGUAUGUUUGAAGACAUUUAUUAGAGCCUCUGAACUGAACAGACAUUGUAAAAUCCAUACUGGGGAGAGAAAUUUCAAAUGUGAUGUAUGUUUGAAGACAUUUAUUAGAGCCUCUGAACUGAACCGACAUUGUAAAAUCCAUACCGGGGAGAGAAAUUUCAAAUGUGAUGUUUGUUUGAAGACAUUUAUUAUAGCCUCUGAACUGAACCGACAUUGUAAAAUCCACACUGGAGAGAUAAAUAAAUGAUAAAUAUGAUGUUCUUCAAAAACAUGUGAAAUGAAAAAACAUUGUAUAAUAUAUGCGGUGCAAUCUAAUAUCUAUACUGUAGUGAAAAAUCCAAAUGUGAUAUUUGUUUGAAGACAUUUGGCUGGACAUGCAGAAAUUUGAUCACUCAUGAGAUUCUAAGAUCCACACUGGGAGAGGAAUUUCAAACGUGAUUGUUGUUUGAAGACAUUUAUUUAAAUCGACUUGUAAAAUCCCUUCUGGAGAGUAUUCCAAAUCUGUUUUUGUUUUGUGAAAAGACAUUUAACACAGCCUCUCAAAUGAAUAGACAUUGUAAAAUUCAUAUUGGAGAGAGACAUUUUAAAUGCAACUGGUAGCCUACAUAUUUUCAAAUUUUUUUUGCUGUUCCUUCACAACAUUUGUGCCUACUACAUGUAGCUCAAAAUUGCAGAAAAACAACUGCGGGAUUGUAGACAGGAUAGCUGGGAACGAGUUGCUCUGUUGUCUUUAAUCUAUUAUAAUAUGCACGCAAUAGAUACAACAAACUGGCCAAUUGGUGUAGCAUAUAUAUGGUGUAAUCUCGUAUGGUGUAAUAUAUGUAUUAUAUGUGAGGUGUAAAAAUACAGAAAUACAGAACGUGUUCAUAACAUCAAAACAUGUGUAUUCUUCUUGAAAUAGCAAAAUCUACAAUUUAUAUACUUUAUUAUCAUA